AAUUAUGAAUUUGGUCUUCGCUAUAAUCUUAAGUCUCUCUCUCCCGUAAUAUUAUUUAUGGACUAUGAUCCCAAUACCAACCCUUUCGACCUUCAUUUCUCCGGUAAACUUCCGAAAAGGGAAGUUUCGGAUUCAGCUUCUGUAGAUGUAGAGAAGAAAUGGUUAGUGAAAGACGAGAAGAGAAAUAUGUUACAAGAGGAGAUAAACCGGGUUAAAUCAGAGAACACGAAGCUAACCGAAAUGUUAGCAAGAGUUUGUGAGAAGUACUAUGCUCUAAAUAAUAUUUUGGAGGAGUUGCAGAGUCGAAAGAGUCCUGAAAAUGUUAACUUUCAGAACAAACAGUUAACGGGGAAACGAAAACAAGCGCGGGAUGACUUUGUUAGCUCCCCAAUUGGACUCAGUCUCGGAACUAUUGAGAAUAUCACUACAGAUAAAGCGACGGUUUCAACCGCCUACUUUGCUGCUGAGAAGUCUGACUCAAGCUUGACUGUGAAAGAUGGAUAUCAAUGGAGGAAAUACGGGCAAAAGAUUACGAGAGAUAAUCCAUCACCUCGAGCUUACUUCAGAUGUUCGUUUUCACCGUCUUGUCUAGUCAAGAAGAAGGUUCAACGAAGUGCAGAAGAUCCAUCUUUCUUGUUAAAAGUUACCGCCAUGGAUAUUGAUGUCGGACCAGUUGAUCCAUCUGUUCUCUACGAACAAGAUCUCCAUGUUUCAUCUGCUGUUUGGGAAGGACAGGAACGAGGUCUACUUCGUUGUCAAGAACACACUUCAUUACUUCAUCAAUGGAAACUCACUGAUGAACAAAUUAAGCUCGUAGACAAAGCUGGUUUCGGUUUCUUUCGCAAAAUUGGUCCAAUGAGUUUAAACAAUUCGUUAAUCUCUGCACUUGUUGAGCGAUGGAGAAGAGAAACCAAUACAUUUCAUCUUCCUUUAGGAGAAAUGACUAUAACGUUAGAUGAAGUUGCUUUAGUACUUGGACUUGAGAUUGAUGGAGAUCCUAUUGUUGGUUCUAAAGUUGGUGAUGAGGUUGCUAUGGAUAUGUGUGGUAGACUUUUAGGGAAGUUACCAUCUGCUGCUAAUAAAGAAGUUAAUUGUUCUAGGGUUAAGCUUAAUUGGCUUAAAAGAACUUUCUCUGAGUGUCCUGAAGAUGCUUCUUUCGAUGUUGUUAAAUGUCAUACUCGAGCUUAUUUGUUGUAUCUUAUUGGUAGUACGAUUUUCGCUACUACUGAUGGUGAUAAAGUCUCUGUUAAGUAUUUGCCUUUGUUUGAGGAUUUUGAUCAAGCUGGGAGAUAUGCUUGGGGAGCUUCUGCAUUGGCUUGUCUUUACCGAGCGCUUGGUAAUGCGUCGCUUAAGUCUCAGAGCAAUAUUUGCGGCUGCUUGACUUUGCUACAGUGUUGGAGUUAUUUUCACCUGGAUAUUGGUAGACCAGAGAAAUCCGAAGCGUGUUUCCCGCUUGCUCUUUUGUGGAAAGGUAAAGGCAGCAGAUCCAAAACCGACCUCUCUGAGUACCGUAGAGAACUGGACGAUCUUGAUCCAAGCAAGAUCACUUGGUGUCCAUAUGAAAGAUUUGAGAACUUUAUCCCACCACACAUUAAAGACAAGCUGAUUCUAGGAAGAUCGAAAACGACUCUUGUAUGCUUUGAGAAAAUAGAGCUACAUUUUCCAGAUAGGUGUCUGAGGCAGUUUGGGAAACGCCAGCCGAUACCUCAGAAAGUAAAACGCCGCGACCGAAAGAACCGUCGGCUUGAUGACUUGGACACGUCAAUGAGUCUAGCGUGCGAGGAAUGGGCUGAACGUGGGGACCACAUUGUGGACAGUCCUGGAGGUGGCAAUGUGGUGGAUGAUGGAGCUUACAUGGAAUGGUAUGCUAGGAUCAGUAUCACGAAACUAUACCGAGAAGCGUUUCUCGAGUCCCAAGUCAUGAAUAUGAUUGCUUGUAUGAGGGAAUUUGAGGAAGCUGCUUCAGGGAUUGCACUGGAGAGAUUAUCUCCAGUAGAGAGGGAAGUGAUGGAGAGCGUCAAAGAUACAUUUGCUAAUAGUUUGACGUUUGGAGGAUGGCAAGAGGUGGCGGUUAACAGUGGUUAUGGGAAGCGCCGGCGUCGGAAUGAACAAACUCCGACGCCAAACAAUGGUGGUGGUAAUGAUCUUUCGUCUCUUCUGCUUCAAAAGGACGACGCAUGAAGCCUUUGUGUUAGUUAAUCUUUAAAAUGUUGAAGUGUUUAUGUAUCUGUAUAUUAUUGGCCAUUUGGUUAGGACAAUAGCAGAACUUCAAUGAAACGAUAAUGCUUAA